AUGACAGUCCCAGACCUUGCGCCAACGGAUGGGGGAAUGCCGGGCACACCGAACUUUCAAGCUGUCAACGGGGCAGAUGGCGUCCACAAAACGAACGGAACGAAUGGAGUUAAGACAAUGAAGAGCCCACCUACCAAUGGGCACUAUUCAGCGGACUCGCCGAAGAGCUAUUCGAUCCCCCUCAACACAGACUACGCCUAUAAGCCUCGCAAAUUGCGUGUGGUGACUAUCGGAGCCGGGUUCUCAGGGCUGUUGAUAGCGCACAAAAUUCAGCAUCGAUUCCCAGAGCUACAAGAUUUCGUCGAGCAUACGAUCUAUGAGGCUCGCAGCGAUGUCGGAGGUACCUGGUUGAUCAACAACUAUCCGGGCGUCCAGUGUGAUGUUCCAUCGCAUAUCUACGCAUUCCCGUUCGACCCUAAUCCCAACUGGAGUCGGUUCUAUUCAAGUGGAGAAGAAAUCCAGGACUAUAUCAAGAGCACCGUGAAGAAAUGGAAUCUUGAUCGCGACCUCCAACUCAACACGAAAGUCGUUGGGGCUGUCUGGCAAGAAGACCUUGGUCGCUGGAACUUGACUGUCGAAUGUUAUGGGAGGCAGCGGGAAGACUACUGCGAUAUUCUGAUCUCGGCUCAGGGUGUUCUUGUUCACCAAUCGUGGCCUGACAUCCCAGGGCUUCGCGACUUCAAAGGCCAUAUCACACAUUCCGCUCACUGGGAUCAUAACUUUGAUUACUCCAACAAGCGAAUUGCAGUCAUUGGAAAUGGCUCUUCUGGAAUCCAAAUCACGCCGCAGAUGGCAGGGUUGCCCGGAACCGAAGUUGUCAAUUUCAUGCGGAGUCCUGCGUGGGUCUACUACCGAGUACCACCGUCAAAGCACUUGGGUCGAGACGUCGAGGACGCAAAUCCUGCAUAUUCUGUAGAAGAAAUAGCCCGUUUCAACGACCCAGAGUCUCAUAAAGACUAUCGGAAGGGGAUUGUUUCGCGAACGAACAAGGCAUUCCGCUUGUUCAUCAAAGGAGAGAAUAAUGAGGCAGCUGUGAAAUUUGGAACCCAACAGAUGGCCGAAAAGCUCAACCACGAUCCCGACUUGUGUGAGAAAUUGAUUCCGAAAUGGGAAGUUGGCUGUCGUCGAGUCACACCGGGACCUGGGUACUUGGAAGCCUUUUCCAAGCCGAAUUGCAAUCUCAGCAACAGCCCCAUCACGAAGUUAACUGAAAAUGCAGUACAUACUGCAGAUGGAAAUGUAUUUGAGUGUGAUGUUGUUAUCUGCGCAACUGGAUUUGAUGUAUCCCAUCGCCCCCGCUACCCGAUCGUCGGCCAAAACGCCAUAAAUCUUGCAGAUAAGUGGGCCGAUGAGCCUGAGUCAUACCUGUCGGUCGCGACGUCCAGUUUCCCCAAUUAUUUCAUGAUGAUGGGCCCGAAUUGUCUGGGCGGCCAUGGCUCCCUCGUGGAAUCACUCAACUGGACUGGCGACUACUUUGUGAAAUGGAUCAAGAAGAUUGCAGCGGAAGACAUUAAAUACGUGGUACCCAAAAGGUCUGCCGAAGAUGCAUUUGGGAAAUACGCCGAUGAGAUUCACAAGACGCUGGUAUGGACGGGUGGAUGCAAGAGUUGGUACAAACGUAAUCGUGUUGACGGUAGGGUGACAGCUUUGUUUGGGGGAAGUGCAAUUCUUUUCAAUCGGAUGAUUAGUGACCUUCGACCUGAGGAUUUUGAGGUUGAGUACAAUAGUGCUAAUCCCUUCCGGUUUAUGGGGAAUGGGUUCACCGAGUUUGAGAUGACGGAGGGGAAUGAUCUGUCUUUUUAUGUUGAUGUCGCUGAUACUCCUCCCUCGGCUUAG